AGUACACCACUAUUAAAGUGAUUUUUUUUGAGGGCUGUAGUUAAUUCGAAAUAAAUAGAAUAAUUCGAUUGAAAAAAUGCUAUCUCGUGUAGCUUUACGUUCAGCUGCAGCCCGACAGUCUGCAAGUACAGCUCUGGUAGCUAGAGGGUCUGCCACUGAUGUUGCAGGGGUACGCGAUGAGAAAAAUUUCCCUAGGCCCGUAAGAGGCGAGCCAGGAAAAGUCAGACUUGGUUUCAUCCCUGAAGAAUGGUUCCAGUUCUUCCAUAGCAAGACUGGUGUGACCGGUCCUUACACAUUUGGAGUAGGUUUGGCGACAUACCUCUGCAGCAUGGAGAUCUACGUGAUGGAGCAUGAGUACUACACGGGGUUGUCCCUCCUCUUGAUGGUGUACGUUGCCACCAAGAAAUUUGGUCCUAGUGUAGCUGCUUGGUUGGACAAAGAAGUUGAUACAAUUGAAACGGAAUGGAACCAGGGUCGUCAGGAUACAAUCGACGGUCUACAGCAAUCGAUAGAAGAGGAGAAGAAGGCACAGUGGCGUGCCGCUGGGCAGGAGCUGCUCAUCCAGGCCAAGAAGGAGAAUGUGCUGCUGCAGCUCGAGGCCGCCUACAGGGAGAGAGCUAUGCAGGCUUAUAACGAGGUAAAACGACGUUUGGAUUAUCAGCUGGAGAAGAAUAAUCUCGAAAGGCGUCUGUCCCAGAAGCACAUGGUAGAUUGGAUAGUGCGCAGCGUCACGCAAGCCAUCACCCCUGACCAGGAGAAGCAAACCCUCGACCGCUGCAUCUCAGACCUAUCCGCCCUCGCCGCUAGGAACUAGGCGUGCAGUAUCCAGUACAUAGUGUUUAUAAUGUUAUUAAAUUAUGUUCAAUAUAACGAGAUCGUAAUC